AACUCUUUGUUUCCAUUUCAUUUCUCUUCUUCAAACCUCGAAAAGAAAUGGAAUUGUUCUCCAAAGGCAACGCCGUUAAGUUACUGAGCCAUCAUAAUAUGUUUUUACUCGCGGACGAGGACCAAAAAACCAUCCGUCAAAGCCGUACACGAAGUUCACGGCUAGCCAUUUGGACGGUGGAGACCGUCAUUGGCAAACCGAAGCUGAUCAGAUUAAGAAGCUGCUACGGCACGUACUUAACGGCUAGCAGUAAACCGUUCCUAUUAGGUACGACCGGCGAGAGAGUGACUCAAACGCAGUCGUUUAACAACCCUAUGGAUUGCCAAACGCAUUGGGAACCGGAGGGAUACGGGGCUUCGGUGAAGCUGAAAUCUUGGUGCGAGAAAUGGAUGAGGGCUAACGGGGGAGCGCCGCCUUGGAGAAAGUCAGUUACUCACGACGAGCCUCCUAUGUCGAAGACCAAGAACUGGUUGCUUUGGUAUGUUAUUACCGUUGAUGGCUUUGAUCUUGAAAACGUGUCUGAUGGAUUUAAGAGCUCUCUUUCUUCUCCGCUUUCCCCACAUCUCUCCGGUUUGGGUUUCUGGUCAGCGCCUGGGUCACCCGUUUCCGGCAGGCCAAAGAAGAGUUUAGGUCGGUUCGCUUCUUUGGGUUUACGUUCAACGUCUCCGAGAUGGUCCCCAAAACUUGUAAAGAAGACGUGUAGCUUCGACGAAACGGAAACAGUAUCAGCAGUGGAGUUUUUCCGGAAAGCAAAAGCUGUUCGAAUGUGUAGCAGUCACAACAAGUAUCUAACCGCGGAUGAAAACGAAGAAACGGUGUCUCAAGGUAAAAACGGAUCAACAGAAAAUGCUCAAUGGACCGUUGAACUGGUUAGCCAUUCCUAUCAUGUUAUCCGUCUUAAAAGCUGUUACGGCAAAUACUUAACCGCUUCGAAUGAGCGGUUCUUGCUCGGAGUUACGGGGAAGAAAGUGAUGCAGUUAAAGCCGAGUCGGCUCGAUUCGUCUGUUGAGUGGGAACCAGUGAGAGAAGGGUCUAAAAUCUUGCUCAAGACUACAUAUGGUAACUACCUCCGAGCUAACGAUGGACCUCCUCCGAGGAGAAAAUCCGUCACACAUGAUAAUCCUCGUUCCGCUACUCUGGAGUCGAUCUCGUGGGAGGUUGAUGUUGUUGAGAUCUUGAUUAAUCCUCAACUCAUGGAGGAGAUGGAGUUUACUCCGUCGCCAAGGAAGUUAGUGACUCCAGCGCCGCAUAGGAAACCAUCAAAUUUUCGGCUGUCACCGACGCAUUCGAAGACCUCGUCCUCUGUUUCAGACAAAUCAGAUUCAGAUUCUGUUGAAUCUCCUCCAUUAAAACCGAAUGGGCGAACUAUCUAUUAUAGUAUCGCUGAUGAAAGACACAUGGAAAAUAAAUCAACUGCUGGAUAUUUUUUCACAUUUAGAGGAAACAGUGUGGCAGAGCUGACUCAGAUGCUACGAGAAGAAACAUGCUUGGAAGAUGUUGUGGUGUGCACUCGCAACCCCUUAAGUGGCAAGCUGUCUCCUCUUCGUUUGCAACUUCCUCCUAACAAUGGAAUACUCCAUCUCGUCUUACUACCCUCCAGUGGAAGUCUCUAUGAGAGACGUGAGAAUCAUUUUUAACUUAAAGCUCUCAUAUAUAGAGUUAUUGAACAUUUGGCUUGUUCGUUUUUUGUUAAAAUCCACCAUUGGCAAAUGAGUGACUGGCUUUUUGUGUGGUGAAGUUUUUGGUGAACCUUAUAAGAAACUAAUAAGAUAAUAAGAGUUGGUAGUUGGUACAUAGACUCAUGGUCACUGAGAUAAAAGUCAUCUUCGCGCUUCAAUCUUAGUAAAAAAUAAAAACGUAGUAAGAUUUUGAUAACCUAAAGAACUUGAAUACAUUUUUGGGGAUAAUAUCAUAUAUUACAAGUUGUUUAAUCAUCUGAAACCGUUAUUAAACAACUAUAAGAACGAAUUUAAUCUUGUGAAAAGUUGCAGUACUAGUUUCACAAAAAUAAAAAGAAGUUGAAGUACUCCGUAAAGUCAUCUGAGAGCAUGAGUGGCCUCAUUCGCUAUGCAUCGCCGUAAGGUCUUAUGUAUGCAAAAUUUUCAGCGCAUCGCUCUAGUAGGAUGCACAUUGGUAUGGUCCUUAAACAUAUCUGUUGGAAAUAGCUUCAUUUGUCCAGCUACACAACAUGUUCCUAGAGCAGUUUGAUAUAUAGGAGUCAGCAAGCUAGAGAACCAUGCAUUUCAAAAUUACAUUCACGCACACAAAAAAACAUUCAGAAAUAUUAUAACAGUACUUCACAAAUAUAUGCAACCGGGUUUAAUCACGAAACCAGUAACUACAACGUGAACAUAACACUGUCGACAUUUAGUAGAGGAUUUUUACACCAUCAAAAACUUUCUUUUUUAAAGCCCUUUCUCAAAAAAAAAAACUUUCUUUUUUAUUUUACCAACCCAAAAUAUUAAUAAUUUGCAAACUAUUUUUUUUAACUUCAACAUAAUUCCUUAUUUCUAAUUUUUUUUUCUAAAGGAAGAAUAAUCUCACUUGAUAUUCAUUUACUAAAUUUAUCCUUUUUUAUCAAUCAUGAAAUCUAUACUAUACUAAAAUGCCAUUAUACUGAAAGAAGAAGCAUGCCACGUGUGUUUGGAAAAUCAUCCAAUCAAAUAUAAUUAUUCUGCCACAUCAUUUUGCCUACUCACAUACAGCCACUUCGUGUCUUUACAGAAAACAGUUAGGAAAAUCAUCCACGGACCACGGUCAAUCUCAUCUCUUCGCCUUCUUCCCAAAAUUAUUACCAUUGAUCUCUUCCUCUCCUUCCCUGUAAUUUCGUUUCUGAUAAGCUUAAUUUCUCAUCACCCAUGAUCUAUAUUCAAUAUGGGUUCCUGAGACUGCGAGGCGAUUGCGUUCGACGAUAAAAGUCGCCUGCUUCGAUCUACAGAAGUCAGUCGAUGUUCUUCAACCAUGGCGGUGAGUUUUCUAAGAUUCUGGGAAGCCAGAAACGUCGAGAGAUGAUGGCGUCGAUAUGCUCUUACUGGAUUCAAAGGCGACCCUCAUGCUGGCCACUGUGAAUGUUAACCGGCUUGCAACUUACAGGACUUAUCUCAAGGAGGGUUCAAUGUAUUCCAUCACCGGUUUUGAUGUUCAAUGUUCCGUGAAAUCAGAACUUCUGGCUUUCCUACUCCUCCCUGUUGAUUAGAUUCAGUGAUGCUACCUCUUUGGAUGAAAUAACUAAACCGGCUUCACCCAUACCUGAAGAAUGUUUCAGGUUAUGUAAUAACACGAGAUGCUUGGUCUUGCCGACUCACACUCAAUUCCCAAGUAUUUACACUCUAUUUCAACAAGGAGACUAAUGCUGGGGAAAGCUAUUUUUACAAGCUGGUCUCUAGCGACACUGGGCAUGCAUCAGCAGCUCCACUGCUGAGGGGCUAUGCCAAGGUUGAGCCUCUGACUAUAGCUGAGCUCAAAUGAAUUCAGUGACAAGAAUGAAGAAGGGCUCAGAUAGACAAAGGGUGAUGCUACGUUUCUUGCUCCAACUGUACCAGGAAGCUUCAACGCACUAUCUCAGCCUUUACAUGUGUUCACUGCAACAAUACUAAAGCUGUUGGUGUCCUUCGGCAUGUAUAAUUCCGUAGCAUGUUGUUUACAUUCAUUUUGGUAUCACGUGUAGGUCUCGACUUUUUAUACACGUUCACUGUCUUAUAGCUACCUUGUGGAGAUGGCCAUUGCUGAUGAUACUGCUGUAGAGUCUAUUUUUCUGCUUUGACAGGGUAAUGACGAAACUGCAUAACAUGAGAGUCUAUGAAGAUGAUAUUCCUGGUGCCAUCUCGGUACCUGCUAAGGCAGAGCCGAAUACAUGAGCAGGUCUAAGUGGUGUCAACACAACUAAGUCUCCAGCACUAGGGUGUUCUAAGAUGGUCAAGAAAGCACGCAAGUCAUAGAUUAAAAUAAUGAUAGAUCUGGCAUCAGUAUUUCCUCUUUGAAUAAUGCUUAGGCAUUGUUGUUUUUCUUUUGUUUUUGAACAAGUUCGUUUAUGUUUUACUCCUCUUUUGGUUAAUCUAUGUUUGGUUUAGACUCUCUUUAUAAAAUAUGUCUCAGUUUCCACAA